UGUCCUCGCCCCUCCAUGCUCGAGCCUGGGCUGUCAUGGAGGAGGGAAGGGGAGGAGCGAGGCCUACUGAGCGCUGCCGCCGGUCUGGUUGCCGGCCGGACCUGCUGCGUUUCACACGAGCCUCUUCCAUUCAUUCAUGCUUUCCGCGCAGUGCGCACGCCUCAGAGAAGCGAAUGGGUCUACAUCCAGCUGUUCUUCCGAGUCCUUGUCGUCUGGAAGACUUCUAAGGAAACCACCCCUACUGCUAAUCCCCCGCCUACAGAAGAAGAGAAAACAGAAUCUAAUCAGGAGGUUGCUAACCCAGAACACUAUAUUAAACAUCCUUUACAAAACAGAUGGGCACUCUGGUUUUUUAAAAAUGAUAAAAGCAAAACUUGGCAAGCAAACCUUCGGCUGAUCUCUAAGUUUGAUACUGUUGAAGACUUUUGGGCCCUGUACAACCAUAUCCAGUUGUCUAGUAAUUUAAUGCCUGGCUGUGACUACUCACUUUUUAAGGAUGGUAUUGAGCCUAUGUGGGAAGAUGAGAAAAACAAAAGAGGAGGACGAUGGCUAAUUACAUUGAACAAACAGCAGAGACGAAGUGACCUGGAUCGCUUUUGGCUAGAGACGCUGCUGUGCCUUAUUGGAGAAUCUUUUGAUGACUACAGUGAUGAUGUAUGUGGAGCUGUUGUUAAUGUUAGAGCUAAAGGUGAUAAGAUAGCAAUAUGGACUACUGAAUGUGAAAACAGAGAUGCUGUUACACAUAUAGGGAGGGUAUACAAGGAAAGGUUAGGACUUCCUCCAAAGAUAGUGAUUGGUUAUCAGUCCCAUGCAGACACAGCUACUAAGAGCGGCUCCACCACUAAAAAUAGGUUUGUUGUUUAAGAAGACACCUUCUGAGUAUUCUCGUAGGAGACUGCGUCAAGCAAUCGAGAUUUGGGAGCUGAACCAAAGCCUCUUCAAAGCAGAGUGGACUGCAUUUAAAUUUGAUUUCCAUCUAAAUGUUGCUAAGAUAUAAGAGAAGUCUCAUUCGCCUUUGUCUUGUACUUCUGUGUUCAUUUUUUUUUUUUUUUUUUUUUUUUUUAAAUUUUGGCUAGAAUGUCCACUAUCCCAAUCAAAGAAUUACAGUACACAUCGUCCUCAGAAUCUGUAAAUGUGUUCCUGGCCCACUCUGUAAUAGCUUAGUAGAAUUACCAUUACAAACACAUUUUACCCAUCCACAAUAUUAAAGAAAGAACUUGCAUUUCUAUACCUUACAGGAAAAAAAUUCUGUUUAUGUUCUAUUGUAUGCAGGAGCAUAUUUUGCUGGUUUGAAAGAGUAUGAUGCAUACAGUUUUCUAGCAAUUUUCUUUGUUUCUUUUUACAGCAUUGUCUUUGCUGUACUCUUGCUGAUGGCUGCUAGAUUUUAAUUUAUUUGUUUCCCUACUUGAUAACAUUAGUGAUUCUGAUUUCAGUUUUUCAUUUGUUUUGCUUUUGUUUUUUUCCUCAUGUAACAUUGGUGAAGGAUCCAGGAAUAUGACACAAAGGUGGAAUAAACAUUAAUUUUGUGCAUUCUUUGGUAAUUUUUUUGUUUUUUUGUAACUAGAAAGCUUUGCUACAAAUUUAUGCAUUUCAUUCAAAUCAGUGAUCUAUGUUUGUGUGAUUUCCUAAACAUAAUUGUGGAUUAUAAAAAAUGUAACAUCAUAAUUACAUUCCUAAUUAGAAUUAGUAUCUCUGUUUUUGUAUCUUUAUGCUGUAUUUUAACACUUUGUAUUACUUAGGUUAUUUUGCUUUGGUUAAAAAAUGGCUCAAGUAGAAAAGCGGUCCCAUUCAUAUUAAGACAGUGUACAAAACUGUAAAUAAAAUGUGUACAGUGAAUUGUC